CCCAACUGGCAGAAACCGUUGGACUCUACAGAAUUAAAAGACAGCGUGACGCAAGGACUCCGCAAAAAAGCAGAGGAGAGCUCCCGCAUCCGGGAGGAUGUGACACUGGCGUUGGGAGACAUGAGGAACAUGAUUCAGCAGCAGCAGAGGAUUUACCAGGAGAUGGAGGGCAGUUAUCAGCUGCAGCUGGGUCCGGAGUCCAGCUUGGAUCUAUCUGUAAGAGAACGUCUAGAUCGUCCAUUGGUGAGAAUUCUGCAGAGACACCCAGGAACCCAACUCCCCGAGAGCACCCUAAUCUCCCAGGGCUCUGCUUUUCUGGAGCAAUCUCUUAGUAAAACACAGGAUAGAAUCGGCUCUCUGCGUGUGACACAGAUGAAGUUGCGGGAUGAUCAAGAGAACAAGCUGUGGGGGAGCGCCUUGACCGGGCCGCCGCCAGACUGCGAACGAAGAGCGCCAAGGGGCGGAGAGAGAGGCUGUGCUUGU